AUGGAGUGGUAUCGAACAAAGUUUAUCAAAACCGGGUCGUUUGGACCGGUGAAACACGCGAUGGUACGAUCUCGUUCUUGUUGUUGUUGUUCUUGUUUUGCGCGUUGUUUUUCUCUCGUCUCAUCGUUAUCUCGUGUGUCAUCACAUCUUCUUCCCCUAAAAACACUUGAAGAAGAAGGUUUUUGA